CUUAAGAAAUCCUCUUAUUGUUAAGCUGUUUAUUUCAGUAGUGAAAGCGACAAAAACCAGACAGCGAGUUCUUACUAGAUUUGGGUGUUAGCUUCCGUUCCUAUUUGAUACACCCAGAAACCAUGCCGGCUGAUUCCAUGGUUCUUCUUCCAACUUCCCAUCCAGAAUUUUGAUAGAUAGAGCAAAACAAUGGAAGAAGAAGGAAAAGUAGGUACUGUCAAAUUGGACAGUUGUGGAUACGAGAUUAUAACUUCAUCUCAAGCAUGUCUUUCAGCAAUCAACUCCUACUACCAUCAGGUCCUCAUCUAUGGCAGAAAGAGGUCUGUGAUUCUUGAAGCAGUGGGUCAUGAUCAAAAUUGUGUCUUGGCCAACACUCUAGCUGCCCAUUUUGUUUACUCUCCUGCUUCUUCUCGAGCUCGCCCUUAUCUUGAUGCUGCUAAUUCCUUCCUGGAACAUGCUACUUUAUAUGAGAAACUAGUUUUCGAUACGAUCAGUUAUUUGGUAUCCGAAGAUAGGGACGAUGAUGUAGCUAUUCAAUUGCAUUCUAAGCUUCUAGAAGAGUUCCCAAGAGAUCUGGUUUCUCUAAAGAGAGCACAAGUCUUGUGCUUCUACAUGGGUCGGCCUGAUCUUUCUUUAUCCCUUGUUCAUCAGGUUCUACCUCAAAAUGAAGGACAAAAUUACAUAUAUGGCAUGCUUGCUUUUCCUUUGUUGGAGCUUGGACAAAUGAAAGAUGCUGAGAAAGCUGCCCAAAGGGGAUUUGAAAUCAACAAGCAAGAUAUCUGGUCACACCAUGGAUUAUGUCAUGUUCUUCAGUAUGAGUGCCGUUUUAAAGAAGCUAUUCAAUUCAUGGAAGAAUGUUCAUCAUCAUGGAGCUCUUCUUCAUCUUUUAUGUUGACACACAAUUGGUGGCAUGUAGCUCUUUGUUACUUAGAAGGUAAUGCUCCAUUGCAAAGAGUGCUCGAGAUAUAUGACAAUUAUAUAUGGAAGGAGCUAGACAAAACUGAUACUGGGUCUGCAGAAGUUUACUUAAAUGCUGUGGCUCUGCUUUUGCGGCUAUGUGUACGUGAUGAACUGGACAUGCUUGGUGAUCGUCUCAAGAUUCUUGCAGAGUGUCUAACUGAUCAAGCAAACUGGUAUAUGGAGUGGCACCUUGAUGUAUUGACAGUGUGGGCUUUGGCAAAGACUGGAGAAAUUUACAAAGCAGAAGAUCUUUUAAAAGGCUUAAGAGACAGGGUUUCGAGGAUGACUAAAAAGAAGCAACAAUUAAUGCAAAAAGGAAUGAAGCUUGCGGAAGCACUUUAUGCAUAUGGAAGAGGAAAUGACAAGCAUGGAGUGGAGUUACUUGGUCCAGAUUUUGACGCGAAUGACUAUAAGAUCAUUGGGGCAUCAGAUGAGCAAGUGGAUGUAUUCAACGAUGUUUGGUAUAACAUGUUGCUAAAUAGUGGAGAAGCUGAGAAUGCAAUUGAAGUGAUUGAAAAGCGAAUCAAGAAGCGAGAAGGCAUCCCAUACACGUGGCGUUUGCUGGAGAGGGGAUACAAACUAGCAAACAGGCCAGAAGCUGGAAUCGCAAGCAAGCAGGCCAAGGCUUUGGAAAGUGCUUAUUUUGAUUAGAGAAAUGAUCCGGUUCACCUUGUAUGUACAUGUUAUCAACACAAUAAAAGAAGUAGCAUAUAAAAUAAAUGUAACGCGAAUGAACAGAAAUAAAUGUAACUUCAUCACAAUGAGGCUUAAGUUUGUGAUGAAAGGAAUGUUUUGUGUUCACAGUCGUGGACACUUUCAAAACUUGCGUGCAAUUUGAACUCUGCAAAUUUUUAUA